GCUGUUGUCUGUCAUUAGAUAUCUCUCUAUCUCUCCACUUCAUUGUGAUUCAAUCUGAGAGGAGGGAAGGGGAGAUCGAGAAUCGUUGGAAAUGUCAACGUUCAGUGGAGAUGAGACAGCACCUUUCUUCGGCUUCCUUGGCGCUGCCGCAGCCCUCGUCUUCUCCUGCAUGGGAGCUGCAUAUGGGACCGCCAAGAGUGGUGUCGGAGUGGCAUCUAUGGGUGUUAUGAGACCAGAGUUGGUGAUGAAGUCUAUUGUCCCCGUUGUUAUGGCUGGUGUCUUGGGUAUCUAUGGUUUGAUCAUUGCCGUUAUCAUCAGUACCGGUAUUAACCCCAAGGCUAAAUCUUACUACCUCUUUGACGGAUAUGCACAUCUCUCUUCUGGUCUAGCUUGUGGCCUUGCUGGUCUUUCUGCUGGAAUGGCCAUUGGUAUCGUUGGCGAUGCUGGUGUCAGGGCCAAUGCUCAGCAGCCAAAGCUGUUCGUUGGAAUGAUCCUUAUCCUCAUUUUUGCUGAAGCUCUAGCUCUAUACGGUCUCAUCGUCGGGAUCAUCUUGUCCUCCCGAGCUGGUCAGUCCAGAGCCGAAUGAGGAGGAAGAGCUUGUCUUCUUCUUCUUCUUCUGCGUCAUAAUCAUUCUUUCUUUUGCUGGUCUCUUCAUCCGCCCAGAUCUUCUUAUAUUAUUUUAUCAGGUUAGUUGAGACACAGCAGUGGUUCCGCUACUCUGCUCUGCUUCAUACUCUUGUUGUUCGUUUUCACCCUUUGUGUGAACCUUGUACGACUGAUUUUUCUUUUUCUCUUCCCAGCAAGAUGCUACUGUCUGUGAGAGACACCCCAUCUAUUAUUCUAUGUUUUGUUAUCUGUCCAAGGAAAACUCUAUUUGAUCUUUGUUUAUCAAACCUAUGCUGCUUUAUUUGAAUUA